AUGCUGCACUACGAGGAUGUUAUCAUCGAAGAUAAAGGAGCCUCUUCAACCGAAGCAGGGGUUCGCCAUCGUAUACCUUGGAGCGAUCGGAUGUCAUUGAAUAGCGAUAUACCAGGAUUACACGAAGUAAAGGAACUGUUGGAAGAUGACGAUGUUAGCUGCCUUGCCGAGGAGGAGGAUGGUGUUGGAUGUCCUUUACCAUCGACUCCUGAAGAUGAUCACUUAUUGGAUUGCGAGAUGACAGAGGUUUUGAAAGCUGGAGUCCUUAGUAACGAAAUUGACUUAGGUGCCUUAGCUCAUAACGCCGCAGAACAGGCUGAGGAAUUUGUUCGUAAGGUAUGGGAAGCAUCCUGGAAGCAGUGUCAUUUCCGAAAUCUGCCACGGUGGCUGCAGGACAACGACUUUCUGCAUGCCGGCCACAGACCACCUCUCCCUUCCUUUUACGCCUGCUUCAAAAGUAUCUUUCGUAUUCACACUGAAACAGGCAAUAUUUGGACGCAUUUGCUGGGUUGUGUGGCUUUUAUAGGGAUCGCCGUGUUCUUUUUAUCACAACCUCCCGUUGAGAUUCAACUGGAAGAGAAAUUGGUAUUUGGGAUAUUUUUUGCUGGAGCGAUCAUUUGCUUGGGACUAUCCUUUGCUUUUCACACGGUACACUGCCACAGCGAGUGCGUUGGGAAAUUAUUUUCUAAGCUUGACUACUGUGGUAUCGCGAUGCUCAUUAUGGGCAGCUUCGUACCAUGGCUAUAUUACGGUUUUUACUGUGAUUAUCAGCCCAAGUUGAUCUACUUGUCGGUGGUUGUAAUACUUGGAAUAACGAGCAUCGUCGUUUCACUUUGGGAAAGAUUUGGUGAACCUAAUUACAGGCCAUUAAGAGCUGGUGUGUUUAUGGGUUUUGGCUUUAGCGGGAUCAUUCCAGCGGUUCAUUACGCAGUAGCCGAAGGUUGGUUUAAAGCUAUCAGUCAGGCUUCGUUGGGAUGGUUAAUUCUGAUGGGAUGUUUGUACAUACUUGGAGCAAUGUUCUAUGCAUUAAGGGUACCGGAACGAUUUUUCCCUGGGAAAUUUGACAUAUGGUUUCAGAGUCACCAAAUAUUCCACGUACUAGUAAUUGCAGCGGCUUUCGUGCAUUAUCACGGAAUAACAGAAAUGGCCAUGUAUCGGAUGACAGUGGGCGACUGUUCAAAUUCACCGCAGAUGAUAGCGUUUUAGUCGUUCAUUCUUAGUUAGUUAAAAUUCCUCUCAUGUCACAGCAUUUAAUUUGCACGAAUUCGACAAAGCACGGAGUCUUAUUGCAUAAGAGGGUGCGUCGGAAGAAUUCUAAUUUGAAGUACCUAGGAGAACUCGAGCACUGGUCUAGUACUCUUGUGGGUUUUCUUAAGGAUCUUAUUUAAUUCAUUAAGUUCAUCAUACGCGUUAGAUUCUGUAUCUACAUGUAUAGACCAUGUUGUUUUUUUUUCUUUGUUAGAAGUUUUCAUGGGAGUUUGUUCAUAUUUUCUGUAGAUUCUAUAUUUUAUAUUAUUUUUAUCUCAAUCGCGCUGGAUCGGCUUGAAUGUUAAAGAUUGAGACUAAGGCGCCAAAUGUGAAAUCCUUAAAGCAUAGCGAUGUAAAGUAUUUACAUUUAGAUAUUACCUUUGCAUAAUUUUUGCCUACACUCGGGUCCAAAAUGUACAUAGUAUUUCAUUUGAGGUUGUCAGGGCCGCGAAUACGGUGCAUUUUAUGACAUAUUUGGAGGACUUGUACUUUUUACGUUUAUUUUUCAAUCCUAACUGCAAUGUAUACACGUCACUUUUGAAGACUAAAUGAUAUAUAACUUGUACAGUAUGCACGUGUAUGGAUAAAGAUUUAAAACAACCUGUUUCUUCUACAAAACGUUCUAACGAUAAUUGAUUUUUCCUCCGUGUAAUCGAGUUGUAACGCUACAAACUAUUGAAAUUCCAUGCGUAGUGACAUUUCAUCAGAACCCAAGUCUGACUGAAAUUUGUUUUUGUAUGUUAAAAAGCAAAGGACAAAUUCUUUUCCCAUUUCGUACAAAGGAGCUUGUAUAUACAAAUGAUCAACAAUGUUUGACUACCUCAUUACGUUAAGCAAUUAAGUAAUUUCUUCGGACACACUAAUGAAAUGCUUUGUACAUCCGUGUGUAGCAUAAAAUGAGCUCGGAGAAUUGCUCUAGUUGUAUCGAAUGUUCACAUCUGACUUGGCUAUUGUUGAUGUUACGGUCAAUUUCAUAUACAGUGUUUCAAUGUAUCUAUUAUUUGAAAGAUGUAGUUUGGAUAAAAAGGAGAACAGUUUUGGGGGGGGUCUUUGGAAACAAAAUUUAACCUACGAAUGAAAACAAAACAUUUGUCAAAAUUAUAAGAAUAAGUGGCAUGUUUUUGGUAUGCGACCAAAAUUUACGAUCCACUCUCACAGGUGCAUUCGACAUUCUAAUUUUGUUUUUGCCAUGGCUAGUAACAACGAAAUGGUCAGGUAUUAUCUCACGUGUAAUCUAUUUGCGAGAAAAGGAAGAUAACUUUAUUUUUUUAGAGCAGGUCAUUUCUAUCACCUGGAUUGUUUACAUGUAUUAAAGUAUUAGCAAGAGCGAUCCUUGAACAACUAGAUGUCACGUUGAUGGUCCCAGGUUCAAACGAGUAGCAAAGCGGACGAUAAACAGGUGAUGUAAUUGUAAUAAAACUUUUGUAUGUUUUCUAUAAGUUUAUAUCUUUCCAAUGUCUACUCGUUGUUACGUGGCACCGUCGAACUUCAAUGCGAAAGCCAAGACAUAAAGAAGUAUUGUGUCUAAACAUAUUCUGAAAGCAUUAUUUUCUUCUACUAGUGAAAUGUUUAGUAUGUAGAACAACUGUUGUUGAACUUUUUACACAAAUAAAAAGGAAUGUUACUAACAAA